UCAACAUUAAAAGAAAAAAAAAAGCUGAUGUUUGGCUUUCUUGAGAGCAUGGCAAGCUCAAAAUUGUUUCUCAUUCUUGUUUUUGUUCUUUUGGUCUUCAAAAAUUCAGGUACUGCCCGAGUAGAGGCAGCUCGGGCAUUUUUUGUGUUUGGUGAUUCAUUGGUUGACAAUGGCAACAACAAUUACCUGGCUACCACGGCUAGAGCUGAUUCACCCCCUUAUGGCAUCGAUUAUCCCACUCAUCGCCCCACUGGCCGCUUCUCCAAUGGCCUCAACAUCCCUGAUUUCAUUAGUCAGGAAAUCGGCUCAGAAUCCACAUUGCCUUAUUUGAGCCCACAACUCACUGGACAAAGGCUACUUGUCGGUGCAAACUUUGCUUCUGCUGGCAUCGGAAUCCUCAAUGACACUGGAAUCCAAUUUGUCAACAUUAUAAGAAUGUAUCAGCAAUUACAAUACUUUGAGGAGUACCAAAGGAGGGUGAGUGCACUCAUUGGAGCUGCCCGGACAAGGCAGCUUGUAAAUAGAGCUCUCAUUCUUAUCACCGUAGGUGGCAAUGACUUCGUCAACAACUACUACUUAGUACCUUACUCGGCAAGAUCUCGCCAAUACUCUCUCCCAGAUUAUGUCAAGUAUCUCAUUUCAGAGUACAAAAAACUCCUAAUGAGCCUGUAUGAUCUUGGAGCUCGUCGGGUAUUGGUCACUGGGACUGGUCCUUUGGGCUGUGUUCCAGCGGAACUGGCCUUGAGAAGCCGAAAUGGCGAGUGUGCAGCUGAACUGCAGCGAGCUGCAACUUUGUUUAACCCACAACUUACCCAGAUGUUGAGAGAACUUAACAGUAAUUAUGGAUCGGAUGUUUUCAUUGCAGCUAAUACACAGCUAAUGCACAACGAUUUUGUUACCAACCCUCAAGCCUACGGAUUUAUAACAUCAAAGGUGGCAUGCUGUGGACAAGGACCUUACAAUGGUUUAGGACUAUGCACUGUGGCUUCAAACCUGUGCGCAAACCGGGAUCAGUACGCCUUCUGGGAUCCAUUCCAUCCAUCAGAAAGGGCCAACGGAGUCAUUGUUCAGCAGAUCAAGACUGGCUCGACAGAGUACAUGUACCCCAUGAACCUCAGCACCAUCAUGGCCCUAGACUCCAAGAUCUAGCUAGUUAGCCCGUGACAUUCUGUUAGAAGAAAAUAAUAAUAAAUAAAUGAAAAAAAUGCCCACUUUAAUUCUUUGAAUAAUAUGUUUGCUGUGAUACAUAUGUAGAUUUAUGUUGCUUUGGCACUUGAUUCCAUGAUCAAGUAAUGUCUUUCAAUGUAAUGUUGUUCCAAUUCUUUUUUCCAAACACCAACAAAAUUUCAAUUUAUUG